GACGAGAUUGAUGUCUUCGCCGUGGCCUGCUGUCAGAUGCGCAAUUAGGGUUGUUAUCGGUCUGCAAUCCAACAUGUUCAAUUGGAAGUAACACAUCUUGAUGCAGCCCAGACUCACAGCCAGCAGGUCCCUGAGCCACCUCCGACGCCUCUCCUCCACCACCACCACCGCCACGACCUCGUCCUCCUCCCCCGUCCUGCGACACCACCGCCGGCUCCUCUCCUCCUCCGCCGCAGCCCUCAAGAUGAAGGAGUCCGACAUCAAGCGCAACCCGCACCCAGACUUCAAGAAGGUCGAGGCCUCGCGCCCGGCCUGGACCCGCGACCCCGACGGCUUCAAGUACACGCAGACGGCCGAGCCCUCGUGGCAGUUCGGCUCCGGCGCAAACCACCUCGCGGCCCACGAGCACGGGCAGAAGCAGCACGUCACCAUCGACCCCUUCGCCGAGGGCCGGGCCCCCGUCAACAACUACAAGCUCCUCAUCUCCGCCGUGGUGCCGCGGCCCAUCGCCUUCGUGUCGACCGUGUCCCCAGACGGCAAGACCACCAACCUCGCGCCCUUCUCCUACUUCCAGGUCGUCAACCACGACCCGCCCCUGUUCGUCAUCGGCUUCGCCUCCUCGCUCGAGGGCGCCGCCGCCGCCAAACACACCCUGCACAACCUCGCCGAGACCCGCGAGUGCACCGUCAACAUCAUCAGCGAGCACUUUGCCGAGGCCGCCAACAGCACCAGCGUCAACGCCCCCUACGGCUCCAGCGAGUGGGCCAUCUCCGGCCUGACCCCGGCCUACGACUGCCAGACCGUCAGGCCCGCCCGCGUCAGGGAGGCCGUCUUCUCCAUCGAGGCCAAGCUCGAGAGCCUGCGCGAGUUUGAGAGCCGGAGCAGGCCCGGCACCAAGAACGCCACCAUGGCCGUCGUCGAGGGCACGCGCUUCUGGGUCCGCGAGGACGCCAUCAAUGAGGAUAGGAACAUCAUCGACCCAUCCGUCCUCCGGCCGAUAAGCAGGUUGGGCGGCAUCACCUACGGCCGCACAAUCGAGGGCUUCGAGCUUCCCAGGCCCGACUUUAACAAGGACCUCGGGGGCCCGGAGGGUUACGAGAAGCUCGAGGCGGAGAGGCGAGCCAAGGAUGAUGAUGGCCGUGCGGACGGGAAGAUAUAAUAGAAUUGGCCACCGGGAUCUGUAUAAACGAGAGACCAGCAUAGAACAGGUGCAUAUUUGAGAGCCUACUAUACGCGCACGCGCAAUUGAGUAUAGCAUCCGAAGAGCCUAGACCAAAACAAACAAGAACACAAUCAAGCUCAGCUUCACGGUAUAUUUCCCAAGUUGGAGUCAUCCCCAAGUCAGGCAUCAAUCGAGUAGCGUUCCCGUGGUAUCUCCCCUUGCCUCCUUCUACGUAUACGUAACUCCUAGAACGAAGCAAGCCUCCCUUACACCCAUGAGCCCAGUCCCCAAGACCGGAAAACACCUGACACCGGCCAAGCGAAAAACCUACAUCCCGCCCGAGAUCAUCAACACAUUUCCGAUAUCCAAGACCCCUGGCUUUCCUCAUGAGCAUCGCCGGCAAGUUGAGGAGGCACAACCAACACCGCUCCGACUAUACGGUUUUCAAAGAGAAGAAACAUAAAGCUCAUCGUACAAUCUUAGUCAAGGUCACCAAGUCGCACUCGAGGGAGCCCGUCAGACCUCCAGACUCUGUCCGACCUCAGAAAUGAUCCACUCGCACCCGAGCGGCACGUCCAUGAACGACUCGUGCUCGUGUAGCUCGUCCAGGAUGAUAUCCUCCACACUAUCAUCGUCGUCCAUCUUGUCCUUGACAUGAAUGAUCACCACCUUUAGCCCCUCGAGCUGCGGGCCGUCAAUCGGCCGGGUCUCUGUCCCGGCCGAGUUCAUGUUUGGGGCACUUGUACCGCUGGGAAUCGAUGUCGUCCGCCCUUGGAGGUCUGUCAAUGACAGUUCGGCCGUUGGCGUCGUGAUAUGCGGGCUUUCCACUGACACACUCCUCUGGCCCGAGUCCGACCGAGGCAUCUUCAUCGUCUUUGGGCUCACGGGCUCAUUGACACUGUCUGAGCUGUGCCUGGCCAGCGCCCGCGAAGCCCGCCGCCGAACCGCUAUCGUGGCGUCCUCGUGAGGUAUCCCCUCGCGUUUUCGCUUGCUGCCCCUCCUGUUCUCUCGUCGAGGGUCCGUCUCCUUCCUCCCCUUGUCCAUUGAAAUGCGCACCCGGGCGGCCUUAACUUCCUCGGCGAGGGUUGUCAUUUCCUGAACCAGGAAGCUCGGCGCCAAAUGGCCAAACAGUCGGUCCGCGGGCCUGCUGUCAUCAUAACUGCACUCGAUAAGGAUGGCUUUUAAUUUUCCCGUCGCGACCUUGGGCGCUGCCUCUUGCCAUAUGCGCAAGUUCCUCGGAUUCAUCGACACACUAUCACCCUCGACGUCGCCAAAGAUGAGCACCUCAACACCCGUCUCCACAUCCCGGAUGAAAUAUGAGCUGCUGUCAUACACACAAGCGUAUUCCGUCGGGCUCGGGCCGCCGCCUAUUUGGUUCAUCGCCCCAGAGCCCCUCCCUCCGCUCAUCGAAAUAGACCCCGGGAUGGCGGACCCCGCACGAUCAUGAGGCAUCAAGUGUGGUUGCUGGUGGUAGAAUGCCGCCAGGCUGGGGCUCGCGUUGUGGUGGGCUACGGACCGCGGGCUUAGCAUGCCAGUGCCGAAGCCCAUCAGGCCAGAUGAGGCGUCGAUGCUGUUGAGUCUGGUGUUGUUGCCGCUGCCGCGGUGAGGUGCGUGUUUUUCGAUAUUGUGGCCAUGGCUCACACUCCAUACCUUGACAGCGAGGCCUUCAUUAAACUCCAGAUAACCAUCAACGUUGCCCAUGGCCGGGGACCCGCCUUCGUUCAGCCGCAAAUAAGUAAAGAGACCAGCCCCGUGGUCUUCAUCCGAUAGGUUGGGCCAUAUUAUGUUGUUGAAGAUGUGCGUUUUGAGGGCCUGGAUCGUCCCUGGUAACCCAGCCAGCUUUUUUCGCCUCGGCCCUGACAGUCCAGCGGUGUUGAUGACGAAGGCUGAGAUGUGAUCGAGAUGAGGAUGCGUGAUGAGGUACGUGUCUACCAGAUCCGCAUGUAUCUUGGCUGCAUUCGUCUUUGCCGACGCCGAGUAAACCGUCAUUCCAGCAAAGGGCCCGCUCUGCAGCACGUAUGGUAAUGCAAGCUCGUCGGUCUCUCCCAGAUCUGGAGGCUGUGUGUCUCGCAGGAUUUGUGUUAUGGCGCCAAGGUGCACGCCGGCAUCGACGGCCAUUACGGAGCCCUUCCUCCAUCCCGACGCUAUCGAACGUACGAGAAACGCCGUCACGUUGGAUUCCAAGGGGCCACCCUGGGAGCCCUGUUGUGCAUCUGGUUAGCAUGCUGUCUAGACCGGAGCGGUGGUGUCACACCGUUCAGGUGCGCCGCCCUGCCGGGAACAGAAGAGCCCGUCGACUGGUGUAGCAGAAUGGACCGGACGACGAGGCUUGAAGGCGCGUGCCCCGAGCCCAAGUGAACAAAGCGGACGGCACGCACGCCCCUCCACUUGGAGAGACGAGCCGGGCUCAGGGCCAAACGAGGCUGAGUGUGGGGUGCGGCUGAUCCCAGCCCAGAUUUAUCUGUAGCUUGGCCCGGCAGGGCUGCAGGGGCGCUUGGAAACAACUGCUGCUGUCUGCAGGUAAGAAAAAAAUGGAUUUCUCCUCUAAGAGAAAGGGCAUGGAGAUCCACUGCGACCAUAGCCCCGGGCCAGACGUGUCCAAGCGUUCUGAAUGGUCCACAAAUCACUGCGUUGGCAGUCUGCAGGCCCGUCGAUCUCUUGAUCCGACUUGACCGAUUCGGCCAAUAGCAAGAUUCUGGAGGUGGUGGUGAUGGAAUUGGGUACUCUCUGAAGGGGGUGGGAGGAUGCGCCAGGUGAUUUGCCUGGGCUGUGAUUGACUGCAACGGAGAACAUUGUCUCUGCUGAAGUCGCCGCCGAAUUGUAACGCUUGCGACGAAGCCCCCACUGCAACUUUGAGGGAAGGUUUACCCAUGCACGAGGUUCGGCCUGUGCCAGGCGAAAGCAUGAAAGUCAAAUCGCAGCAAAUUCGAGAGGGAAUAUGAUGCUGCGCGAAAGGCAGUUUCGGAUUGGCUUCUAGAAAACCGUUGGAGGGGUUGGGUUGUGCGCGCCGGCGGCAGACAAGGUUUGCUCAUGGUGGACGAGCGCAAUGAUACCGCGAGAGCGGAAACACGCUGUGAGAUGUGACGAGAUUCGACUCGGUUCGUUAGGAUGGAAAGAAGGGGGGAUUUGGGGGGGGGGGGGGGUAACUAUGCGAGG